AUGAGACCGUCCAGCCGCGCCUUUCUCGCCCUGCUCAGCCUCGUCCUGGCCUCGGCCGGCCCCACGACGACGACGGCACAGCAGCCGGCCAACGUCACCGCCGGCAACCCGCUCGAGCUCUCUCCGCCGCGCCCGGACCAGAUCGAUCUGCGCUUCAACCUCACCUCGGGAGGGUACGACAACUACUUUAUCCGCUCCAACCUCACCUCGGCCCAGCUCCUCGUCACCAACGCCACGGCCGUCACCCAAGACGACCAGCUCAACAGGUUCCUCGUCGCCUUCCCCGCCGGAAACUCGGGCGCCGUCGUCUACUUUCUCCCCCUCGACGACGGCCAUGGCGCGGAUGCCAGUGGCAGCAACAGCAGCACAGAUGGCAACGCGACCGCUACCGCCGCCGCCGGCGCCGACAAGCAGCCCCUGACUGUGACGCUCGUCCCGGACUCGCUGCGCACCGCCUAUGGACCCAACGACCUCCGCGGCGUCGCCGGUUCGCUCGAGCUGAGCACCAACGCCACUCUGGGCACCACGCUCCUCGGCUCGGUCCGCACACUUCGCGAUUACGUCGAGGGCAACGGCCUCACCAACCCGCUCUUCAACUGGACCGUGACCCAGGCCGACGAGUCGACCGUCUGGUUCAGCCGCGCCUGGCUCAACGACACCAUCCUCCGCGACGACCGCGGCCAGCCCGCGGGCAAGGCCCGGUUCGGCCUCGAGUGGCUCCUCCAGGCCAACGAGGGCACCGCGUUCAACGUCACCCCGUCCAACAACGGUACCUACACCCCGCCCAGGAUCGAAAUCCUCGUCCCCGCCGGCGCCGCCGCAGGGGGAAGCGUCAACUUCACCGUCCAGACCAACGAGACCAACCUCGAUGGCCUCGCCGUCGACCAGCUCUUCUCCGACGCCGGCGGCGGCGGCGUUGAUGACGGCACCAGGGCGGCGCAGGAGCAGGUGUCGUUCCUCACGUUCAGCAGCAAGUUUACCGCCGGAGCCUUCCGUUUCCUUACCUAUUUCGGUCGCGAUACACUCGUUACGGCGCGGCUGCUGAUGAACCAUCGUACCCUGACGCCCUUUGGCGUCGAGUCGGUGCUGAGCGGCGUCCUGGAACGCAUCAACGCCACCUCGGGCCAGGUGUGUCACGAGGAGACGAUUGGCGACUAUGCGACCUUUGUCAACCUCAACGAGGGCCACCCUGAGUUGGGCAACGCGCCCUUCUACGACUACAAGAUGAAGGACACGCACUACCUCUUGCUGCCGCAGCUGGCCGACUACCUGCUCCGCUUCAACGCCACCGCCGGCGGCAACGGGACGGGGCCGGAGCUGAUGGCAUCCGACGAGGCCAGGCGCUUCCUCGAGCGGCCGGCGGUGCUGCAGAACGGGACGACGUACCGCGACCUUCUCGACGCCAACCGGUACGACAACCUGGCGCGCAUCCAGCAGGGUGUGCCCGUCGGCAACUGGCGCGACUCGAACCCGGGCCUGGGCUGGGGCGUGUACCCGUACGACGUGUCGACGGCGCUGGUCCCCGCGGCGCUGUACGCCAUCUCGGACCUCGCCGCGUCGGGCCUGCUCACCAACCGGUCCCUCGCCGACGAGGCAAGGGCGUUGGCAGAGGUGUGGGAGCAGCAGGCUCCGCGCUUCUUUGAGGUCGAUAUCCCCGCCGACCAGGUCGAACCGCGCCUCGAGGAGUACGUGCAGCUGGCCAACCUGAGCACCUCGCUGCUCUACGGCAAUGGGUCGCUCAACUCCACCGCUGCCUCCGAGGCCGGUCCCGGUGCAGGUGCAGGUGCAGGCGACAACGUUACGGCCCGGGCUCGCCGACGCUUCUUUGACCUGACGCGUCUCGAGGCCGAUGCGCAGAUGUCGGCCACGGCGCCAGCCCAGCUCCGUCGCCAGACGACCGGCAGCGGCGAGGAUGGACAGAACAGCAGCGCCAGCACCGCCAAGGGCAAGACGAUCUACGCGCUCUCGCUGCUCGAGGACGGCACGCCGGUGCCCGUGCUCCAUUCCGACCUGGGCUUCAACCUGGUGUGGAACCGCAACGUGUCGCGGCGCACCGUCGAGGCCGUCGUCGAGGCCCUGUCGCCGUUCCCGCGCGGCCUGCUGACCAACGUCGGGAUGCUCAUCGCCAACCCGGCGUACGACGUCAACCGGACCAAGACGAGCGAGCUGGACCGUACCGCCUACCACGGCACCGUCAGCUGGGGCUUUCAGACGGCGCUGCAGGCCGCGGGCAUCGAGCGCGUCCUGGCCUCGUGUGCGGCGGCGGGGGCCAACGACGCUUCCGGCUCGAACUCGACGACGUCCAACGGUGACGUGGAUGCGGGCGUGGGGCGACGAGGAGCGACGGUGGUGCAGCAGAGCGGGCUGGUACGUCCCGAGUGGUGCGACGAUGCCGACCUGGUCCGCCGCGUGCAGGAGGCGCAGACGUCGCUGUGGAACGCCAUCAACGGCGCCUAUGCCGAGCGGUUCGCAGAGGUGUGGAGCUGGACGUUCAACAACGUCUCGCAGCGCUUUGACGUGACCCCGCUCGGAGAGCUCUCGCCAGAGGGCACCGAGUCCAACGCCGUCCAGCUGUGGUCCUAUGGCCUCCUGGGACUCGAGGACCCGACUAGGGCCGCUGCCUGA